UGUUGCAGUGCCCUGCGUUACUAGCCCUCUCUUCAUCAUUUGCUCCAUCUCUUAAAUUACCAGUCUGUGUUUUUUGGUUUCCUGAACCUCCAGUUUCCUGCAUCAGCCGACAGUCUGUUAGCUUUAAGAACAUCAGGAUAUUUCAGUCAUGGCCAUGAGUCCUGGUCCACGAAGUUGUGGCAGCCUGAGUCCUGAGGGGAUCCUGAGAGAGAUCCAGAUCAAUUUGAUGGAGUGUAAAGUCUGCUUUGAGAAGUUCUGCACUCAGCAGAGGGAGCGCAGGCCACAGAACCUUUCCUGUGGCCAUGUACUCUGUCUGGAAUGCAUCACAGCUCUGUCCCACCCUCUCCUGAGGAAGCUGGAGUGCCCGUUCUGUCGACAGCUGUGCAGUGUUGACAGCACCUCCCACUGCCAGGUUCUUAGUGACCUCCAGGAGCUGCUGUUGUCCCGGAGUCCUGUAUCGUCUGCUCCUCCUCACAGGGCAAAAGGAGGCCUUAGCUUGUCUGCAGGUCUGACAUCCACAGCUCUACACCUCUACACAGCUUUUGGCAGUUGGGGGACUCUUAUCAACCCCACUGGGAUAGCUAUAUUAGGGUCCUCAGGGACAAUAGUGGUGGUGCACGAUGAAGAGAUGAGGGUGGUGGUGUUCAGUCCGCAGGGUAGGAAGUUACACAGUUUUGGACGAAGAGGACAAGCCAAUGGAGAGAUCUGUUACCCAGUGGAUGUGGCGGUGACUCCCUGUGGUCACGUGGUGGUGACUGAUGCAGGGGAUAAAGCCAUGAAGGUUUUCACCUCCAGAGGGAACCACGUGUUGACGGUCAAGGAUUCUUUCCAGAUGCCCUGGGGUGUGGACACAGACAACUGUGGGUACCUCCUGGUCUCAGACAUCCUGGCUGGCACACUGUUCCAUGUAAAAGUGGACUAUGUUCAUGGUGUUAUUCUGGAGCAUCACACAUCCGUUUCUGACCUCCAGCAUCCAAAAGCAGUGGCCUGCUGUCCAGUGACUGGGAACACUGCAGUGAUGGAGCACUUAACUGAUGACACACAUCCACCAGACAGGCAACAACACACAAGGCUGAAAGUGUUUACCAAAGACUUCCACCUGCUUCAUCAGACAGACAGUUUCAGCCUGACCCUGCAGUCCUCAGUGAGGCUGAACAUGUCGGGUGUGGCGUUUGAAGGAGAUGGAGAUGUGAUUGUGAUUGACUCUGAACAGGGGAUGGUUUGGAGUUUAGGGAAGCUCCACAACGGCCCAGUCCUGACUCCUCUUGUGGGAGACAACCUUAUCCGCCCAGUUGGACUAGUGUCACUGAACAACAUGCUCAUCAUUCUGGACAGUGGAGACCAUACAGUAAAGAUUUAUUCUGCUAAAUCUGAUACUGGACCCAUGAUAUAGCUCAUGUAUGAACCGGCCCAGAGUAGCCUAUGUAAAAUAGAGAUUAUCAUAUUGUAUAGUGAUGUGGUUACCUGGCAAUAUAUUUACAUUGAAAAUGAAAAAUGUGAAUAUAAUGAGUGCUAUUGUAUACUUUGUAGUAUUGGUUGUGUGAUCAUGUCAUAAUAAUGUUUCUGUCAUGUAGUUACUGUCCCCCUAUUUACUGAAAAUAAAUAGCAUUAUUUGUGAAUACAUAAUACAUUACUUUCCCA